UGCGGCGUUAGGCUUACACGCACACUCUUGGUCCCAGAAAUCACCCAAAAACACAGAGAACAUGACUGGAGUAGAUUAUUUGGCUCAGGAGAAGAUCUGGUUUGAUAAGUCGCGCUACGAUGAGGCCGAGAGGCGGUUCUAUGAGAGGAUGAAUGGUCCCACCUCAGCUCCAACAUUUACCACACAGGACUCAGGAGCCAACAGUAUUCUGCAGGAUAUUGCCAGAGCGCGGGAAAAUAUCCAGAAAUCUCUUGCAGGAACUGCAGUACCCAGUUCUGUGGAUACUGGAGAACUUAUAACGCGCAUGAAGAACCUGGAGGUGGAGAAUCAGAAUCUACACAAAGUGGUGGAGGAGUUACGCACUGCACUGUCAAAGUUAGAGGGUAGAGUGGCUGUUCUAGAGAAGAGACCAGCAGCAGUAGUCAACGCAGCACCUACCGCCCCUCAGAAAACCCCAGUUGUGACAACAGAUAACGGAAAUGAAGAGACUGAUGAUGAUGAUGACGACGAUGACCUGGACCUUUUUGGCAGUGAUGAUGAGGAAGAUGAGGACGCUAAGAGACUCAAAGAGCAGAGGGUCAAGGAGUAUGCCGAGAGGAAGGCGAAGAAACCCGCCCUCAUCGCCAAAUCCUCAAUCUUACUGGACGUCAAGCCUUGGGACGAUGAGACUGACAUGAGCAAGUUAGAAGAGUGUGUUCGAUCAGUCCAAGCAGAUGGCUUAGUAUGGGGCUCAUCUAAACUGGUUCCUGUUGGUUACGGGAUCAAGAAGCUGCAGAUUCAGUGCGUGGUCGAGGACGACAAGGUGGGAACGGACAUGUUGGAAGAGGAGAUCACGAAGUUUGAAGACUACGUUCAGAGCGUGGACGUAGCAGCUUUUAACAAGAUUUAACAGACAGAAACACACACACUCUAAUACACAAUAACACUCCCCGUUUUUGCUGCUGAUCAUGUAAUGGUUAACAAUAAAGAGUUUCAGAGC